AUGUUACUCUCAGUUUUGAUAUUUCUUCUUCUCAUUGAUAAUGUUGCGGCAAUCACGUGUUUCAAUUGUGAGAGUGAUUUUCAAGGUGCGUUACGGUAAGUUGUACCAGAAAACAUCCACCUGAAGACUUUAGUUCACGAUUUCUGCUUUAGCUGCCAACAACCAUGUGAAGGCUCUCAAUGCGUGGUCUGGAAGUGGAAUUCUCGCUCGGAACUCGCUAUCAAACAGGUCUCCUACUACGCCAAUGACGGGCGCAUCAUUAAAAUUUUGUAGGGAUGUCUUCAAGGCGUCGACAAGCAGUGGACGGCCAAAGUGGGUUGCCGUACCAAUCACUUAGGAGCCUCGCUUUGUGUGUGCGAGUGAGUCGCAUCUUCAAGUGUUUUUGACGUUGUCCCUUAUUUUUGCAAAAUUCGUUUAGCGAUGGUCCGCUAUGUAAUCGGGUGGAGAGAGCCGAACAGACGACGCGUCCUCUUCCGCAGAUUCGUCUCCCGGCUGUCGAGUGUCAAAGCAAAAUUCUAAGCACAGGAUUCGUGGGUCCGCGAAAGGAAAAAAUUUGCACUUCCAACUACUGCCACGUCACCAAAACCGAGACUUAUUUGGAGGAGCAUGUCACUCCUGAAGUGUUGAGCGUGUCGAAUUGCGGUGAUCUGCCCGAGUUCGAUUUCGAUGUGCGCCUCAAGAACUCGGUCGGCUUCCCGGGACUGUACGCGAACGGUUGUUAUCGUAUUCAAGUUGAAAAACGGGCGGCGACGGUGGAUUGUGUGUGCUCGAAGAACAAGUGCAACGAGAUGAUUCCGGAGAUUGAGACCGGGCAUGUCAGGUGCUAUAUGGGCAAGGAUUUCAGAAAUACCAGUCAGGUAUAAUCGUUUUACUUAUGUUCUGAUUCUGACCUAUAUUCGUUUAGGUAGACGCACACGAGUUCUGCGACGGAGAUUUUUGUCUGAUCCAGGACGCGCACGGGCGAGUCUCCAAAGGCUGCAUCUCGCUGAACGAGCGGAAUAGUUGGAGCCACCUCAAGUCGGGACAUCGUCGGAUUCUGGGAGUGAAACAGUGGCUUUGCCAAGCUCACUUGUGCAAUUAUGACAUCGAGAGGGCUAUGAAGACCGUACGGAGUAUGAGGACAGAAAAAAGCAAUGGGGGCAAGGCGUUGAGCGGAUUUCUUGUGCUCAUCUUGGGCCUUCUAGUUGUUACUGUAUUUUGUUAA